CAACGCGUAGCUCGACUGGAUGGGUGCAGUGUGUUUUGUGUCGCGCAAACAUAUUUGUUGCAAUUUAUGAGUCCAACAAGUACAACUGGAAUUAUAGGAAAAGUUCUGGAUUCUCGCGAACUGCCAUAGUCUGAAUAUAUAGUCUAUAUAUAGCCCAAUAAUGACCGACCGCUAUGGAAAUGGGGUCACAACUAGUUUGGUUGAAGCAACCAAUACCAAUGGAUAUGGCCAGGAUAAGCAAGACGAGGCCGAAGCUGGAGAGGAUGGCAAAAUUGUGCUUAAGCGGAAACUGACCCUAAUCAAUGGUGUGGCCAUUAUAGUUGGCACCAUUAUCGGAUCGGGCAUUUUUAUAGCACCCACGGGAGUAUUCUACUACACCGAAUCCGUCGGAAGUUCACUUUUGAUUUGGUCGGCUUGCGGCAUUCUUUCAACAAUUGGCGCUCUUUGCUAUGCGGAAUUGGGCACAAGUAUCACCAGAUCCGGUGGCGAUUAUGCCUACCUCUUGGUCGCAUUUGGACCACUUGUUGGAUUCCUGCGUCUCUGGAUCGCACUGCUCAUCAUCAGGCCAACAACUCAGACAAUUGUUGCACUAACUUUUGCACAUUAUGCGGCGAAGCCGUUCUUCGAGGAUUGUGAUCCCCCACAACUUGCCGUCAAACUGCUGGCAGCUGUUUGCCUCUGUCUACUCACUGCGAUUAAUUGCAUGUCGGUCAAGGUGUCCAUGAAGGUGCAGGACAUCUUUACGAUUGGCAAACUGCUAGCGUUGAUAAUGAUAAUACUCGCUGGACUCUAUUAUAUGGCCACUGGCAAGCUUGAAAACUUCUCGAAUCCCUGGGAGGGCAGCUAUAGUGCCCGCAACAUUGGCUAUGCCUUCUACUCGGGUCUGUUUGCCUUUGGCGGCUGGAACUACUUGAACUUUGUCACCGAGGAACUGCAGGAUCCAUACAAAAAUCUGCCACGCGCCAUUUGGAUUGCGAUGCCACUCGUCACAGGGAUCUAUGUGUUGGUGAAUCUUGCCUACUUUGCUGUCGUUUCCAAGCCGGAGAUGCUCAGCUCUUUGGCGGUUGCUGUGACCUUUGGCAACAAAGUCUUUGGCCCGCUGGCUUUUAUGGUGCCCAUCUUUGUGGCUCUGAGCACAUUUGGUGGUGUCAAUGGUGUUCUCUUCACAUCGGCUCGUCUCUUUGCCACUGGCGCCCAGGAGGGUCACCUGCCCAAGUUCUUUCAACUGUUCCAUGUCAAGCAACAGACACCGAUUCCAUCUUUGAUAUUUGCGUGCCUGAUGUCUUUACUCAUGCUCUUGACCGAGAAUGUCUAUGAGCUAAUUAACUAUUUCAGCUCCGUGCUCUGGCUCUCUGUGGUGGCCAGCAUAGCAGGCAUGUUGUGGCUUCGUCACAAGAAACCUAAUCUGCCGCGUCCUAUUAAAGUGCAUUUGGCACUGCCGAUUAUUUUUAUGACCAUCUGUGUGACUUUAGUGCUGCUGCCCAAUUUCAAGGAGCCCGCCAAUCUGCUCAUUGGCAUAGCCAUCACAUUGGCAGGCAUACCAUUUUACUAUGUUUGCAUUGCCUGGAAACAGAAGCCCCGUUCCUAUGGCCGCCUCUCGAAUGGCAUGGUUAAUUUGUGCCGUGCCAUCUUCAACACAACGAUCAUCGAGUCCAACGAGUCGCUUGAGUAGGAUGAAUAGCCCAUCCACCGGAUCAUCAUGAAAUGCUGAUGCAUUGCAUUAAGUUUACCACAAGAAAGCAGAUAUUUUACAUGAGUCCAGCCAUGGCACAAGAAAUUAAAAUGAAUAUGCCUAA